AUGGGUCCUGCUCCAAAUAUGUCUUCUCCUACAAUGAAGAAACCUGAAAAGCCUUUGUUUAGUCCUACUUCUCCCCAGGAUUCUUCACCAAGACUGAGCACUUUUCCCCAGCAUCACCACCCAGGAAUCCCAGGAGUUGCACACAGUGUCAUCUCAACUAGAACUCCACCUCCACCUUCACCAUUGCCAUUUCCAGCACAAGCUAUUCUCCCUCCUGCCCCAUCUAGCUACUUCUCUCAUCCAACGAUCAGAUAUCCUCCCCACCUGAAUCCUCAGGAUACUCUGAAGAAUUAUGUACCUUCUUACGACCCGUCCAGCCCGCAGACUAGCCAGCCUAACAGCAGUGGUCAAGUAGGAGGGAAAGUGCCUGGCCAUUUUACUCCAGUUUUGGCACCCUCUCCCCAUCACAGUGCGGUGCGACCUGUGACCCUGACCAUGACAGAUACUAAACCCAUCACUACUACAUCCACUGAAGCCUACACAGCCUCAGGCACAUCCCAAGCCAAUCGAUAUGUGGGACUAAGCCCAAGAGACCCAUCCUUCCUACACCAGCAACAGGUGGGCAAGUUUCACAUAGGUGUAAUUAUAUAG